AUGGCAUCUUCAACAUCAGCAUUGUCACCAGUGUCAUCCUCACAGGUCACCGCAGAGACCACGUCUGCACUGAAGAAUACCGCCACCAACGCCCCGAUCAAACCCGAGGCCGUCGAGCAAAAUGCCAUCUACACUAUCAAUGACCUUCUACGAGCCAGAGCAAAAGAUGAAGAAGGCCGUGAUCCGAUCGUGGCUUACCCCUCGUCCGGUACAGAUUAUACGUAUUAUACGCCUCUUCAGUUGGAUGUCUUCGCCGAAGCCGCAUCCAUCCACUACGCCAGCAUGAUCCCGCAAAGGCGCUCACCUGAAGACCCCGUACAGGUAGUGGGUUUACUGGGUCCCUCUGAUUUCGAAUAUCUGAUUACCCUCUUGGCCAUCUCCCGAUUAGGACAUACGGUUCUCUUUCUUUCGACGCGCAUUGCGGAAGAUGCCUAUGUCAGUUUAAUUGAGAAUACACGUGCGUCGUUUCUGAUCGCUCAUCCUGCUUUUCGAAAAGUGGCCGAGAGCGCGGGUAAGCGCACCGGGGUCGCGGUGCAGUCCAUCCUGGAGCGGGAGGAUUAUGAAAACGCUUCAACAGGUAUGGCUUCAUUGCCACCAAGUCAACUAGACGGCCAGACAGAGGCAAAGCGUACCUGUUGGAUUAUCCACUCGAGCGGGUCGACGGGAAACCCUAAGCCCAUCUUCCAGACUCAUUCCGGGGCGCUGCACAACUACGCCCAUAACGUCGGUCUACGGGGGUUUAUCACCUUGCCUCUGUUCCAUGCUCACGGUGUCAGCUGUUUGUUCCGGGCAAUCCAUUCGCGGAAGUUGAUCUAUCUGUACAAUGCAAAUCUCCCCUUGACGGCCCCGUACCUCCUCACGGUUCUACAGGAACAUCGGGAGAUAGAGAUCCUCUACGCCGUUCCCUACGCGUUGAAAUUACUAUCCGAGUCCCAGAAGGGCCUAGAGAUACUGGCAGACCUGGAUCUGGUUAUGUUCGGCGGCUCCUCCUGCCCGAAACCCAUUGGGGAUACAUUGGUGCAGAACGGGGUGCGUCUGGUCUCUCACUACGGAACCACCGAGACGGGCCAGUUGAUGACUUCGUUCCGUGACCGUUCGGAUCUGGACUGGGACUAUGUUCGACCCGGGACGGGUCUCUUGCCCUACCUACGAUGGGAGGAGCGAGCGCCGGGAAUAUAUGAAUUGUGCGUCUUGGACGGCUGGCCGUCCAAGGUUGCGAGCAAUCGUCCCGAUGGGUCUUAUGCCACGAAGGACCUGUUCGAGAAACAUCCCACCAGGCCGAAUGCCUGGCGCUACUACGCACGACUGGAUGAUACUAUCGUCCUGCAAAACGGUGAAAAGGCCAAUCCGCUGAUAGUCGAGGGAGUGGCGCGCAAUAAUCCCAACGUGCGUGAAGCGGUUGCUUUCGGCGCCAACAGGCCCCGUCUGGGCUUGUUCUUGAUUCGCGCUGCGGCCAGUCUCUGCGCGACGGACGAUGAAAUAAUCGAUUUUGUCCUUCCAGCCAUCGAAGGGUGUAAUGCUGUUUCGCCUGCGUACGCCUAUAUCUCCAGGGACAUGAUUCGUGUCUUGCCGUCGGAUACAACCUACCGGGCAACGGAUAAGGGAACCGUCAUCCGUGCUGCUUUUUACCGUGAUUUCGAGGAGCAGAUCAAUCAGAUAUAUGAUGCAGAAAACAACACCAGUGGAGAGGGUCUGGUUCUAGAGGGGGCUGAGCUGAUGGCCUUCCUGCGUAAGAGCCUUCUUGCCGUGGCUCCCAUUGAUCCUUCUAUCCUGAAGGACUCCAGUGAUAUCUUCGGUUUAGGCGUUGAUAGUCUCCAGUCUAUUCGUCUCCGAACGAUUAUAUGGAAGAACCUCGACCUGGGUGGUCGGAAACUCUCGCAGAAUUUCGUCUUCGAGAACCCGUCUCUCCGCGCCAUGGCUGAGGCACUGAUGCGUUUACGUCUCGCGCAGGAUCGCCAGGAGGAAAUUCCCGUGGAAGAGCGCAUGGAAAGGCUUAUUGAGAAAUACGGUAGUUCCUUCAAGACCCAUGUACCAGUUCCUCCCCGAGAUGGCGAGGAUGGUGAACAUAUUCUGGUGACAGGCGCCACAGGCUCGUUGGGUGCCCAUAUCGUAGCCCAACUGGCUCGGAUGGAUCGAGUGCGUACAAUAUACUGCAUCGUUCGCGCUGAAUCCCCUGGUUCUGCUGUGCGUCGAGUACGCCAAAGUCUGCAAGCUCGUCGUCUUUCAUCUAACAUCAGCUCAGAGGCGGAGGGUAAGAUCGUUGCUUUACAGGCCGAUCUCUCGAACCCCGUCCGUCUAGGGCUGGAUGAAUCCACCUACGAACAUCUGCUUCAGUCUGUAACAGCAGUCAUCCACUGUGCCUGGGCGGUAAAUUUCAACUGGACCCUAGAGAGCUUCGAGGAGAGCUGUAUCGCGGGCACACGGAAUUUACUCGAUCUCUGCCUGCGAGUCAAACAACCCCGUCCAGCCAGGUUCUCAUUCUGUUCAUCCGUAAGCUCUGUCGCCCGGACUCCUGGGAACUGGAUCCCAGAAGCACUGCCGGAGUCUCUGAGCUACGCGCAGGGAAUGGGAUAUGCGCAAUCCAAGCUGGUAACGGAGCACAUCGUCCAUCGUGCGUCUCGCCAAACCGGCAUGACAGCUCGUGUUUUGCGAGUAGGCCAGAUCAUCGCAGAUACUGUCCACGGCAUCUGGAACUCCACAGAGGCCAUCUCCAUGAUCCUCCAGACCGCAGAGACAAUCAAGUCCCUUCCUCAGCUGGACGAUAUUCUCUCCUGGACCCCGGUUGACGUGAUGGCUACCAGCGUCAUCGACCUCGGCCUUGCCCUCGUCGCGAGCGAUAUCAUGAAUGUCACAAACCCCACGCUGGACCAUUGGACUCGAAGCCUUCUUCCCCUUUUGAGAGAAGCAGGGUUGGACUUUGAGGAGGUGCCGAGACGAGAAUGGUUGCGCCGACUACGGAACUCCCAUCCGGAUCCCAGUGUGAAUCCGUCUAUCAAGCUGAUCGAGUUCUUUACUAACAAGUACGACAAUGGGAAUCCUAGUCGUGUACUUCUUUACGACACCAAGAAGGCCCAGGCUGGGACACCCGUGUUACGCCAGGUGGGCGGGCUCACAGCGGAAUUUGUGACUCGAUUUGUGAACUAUUUCCGCUCCCAAUGCUGGUCCCAGCCAGCAGCUUGA